ACCCGCGAGCCCACAUCAUGGAUGGCGAGCUCUCGGGUUUCGCCCUGCUCGCGGUGCCAUCGCGGACAGCGGACGACCAGCAGGAUUCAUGAGCCGGUCGCAGGGGGCCGGGGCAGGGGCCUCUGGCUCCAGACGCUGGCCGAGAGGUGAUGAGUGAGGCCGGGAGAGCCGAAUUAAAAAGCCACCGGGGCCUCCGUGUUGAAUGAAAGACCCAGAGCAAAGGCAUCACCAUGAACACGAGCAUCCCUUAUCAACAGAGUCCUUACAGCCCCCGGGGCAGCUCUAAUGUCAUCCAGUGCUACCGAUGUGGAGAUACCUGCAAAGGGGAAGUAGUCCGUGUCCACAACAACCACUUCCACAUCAGAUGCUUCACCUGUCAAGUAUGUGGCUGUGGCCUGGCCCAGUCGGGCUUCUUCUUCAAGAACCAGGAGUACAUCUGCACCCAGGACUACCAGCAGCUCUAUGGCGCCCGCUGCGACAGCUGCAGGGACUUCAUCACAGGCGAGGUCAUCUCUGCCCUGGGCCGCACCUACCACCCCAAGUGCUUCGUGUGUAGCUUGUGCAGGAAGCCUUUUCCCAUUGGAGACAAGGUGACCUUCAGUGGCAAAGAAUGUGUGUGCCAGACAUGCUCCCAGUCCAUGACCAGCAGUAAGCCCAUCAAGAUCCGUGGACCGAGCCAUUGUGCUGGGUGCAAGGAGGAGAUUAAGCAUGGCCAGUCACUCCUGGCCCUGGACAAGCAGUGGCACGUCAGCUGUUUCAAAUGCCAGACCUGCAGCGUCAUCCUCACUGGGGAGUACAUUAGCAAGGACGGUGUUCCAUACUGCGAGUCUGAUUACCACUCCCAGUUUGGCAUUAAAUGUGAGACCUGUGACCGAUAUAUCAGCGGCAGGGUCUUGGAGGCAGGAGGGAAGCACUACCACCCCACUUGUGCCAGAUGCGUACGCUGCCACCAGAUGUUCACUGAAGGGGAGGAGAUGUACCUCACAGGUUCUGAGGUUUGGCACCCAAUCUGCAAGCAGGCAGCCCGUGCAGAGAAGAAACUGAAGCAUAGACGGACAUCUGAAACUUCCAUCUCUCCCCCUGGAUCCAGCAUCGGUUCACCCAACCGCGUCAUUUGUGCUAAAGUGGAUAACGAGAUCCUUAAUUACAAAGACCUGGCAGCUCUCCCAAAGGUUAAGUCUAUCUACGAGGUGCAACGCCCUGACCUCAUUUCCUACGAGCCUCAUUCCAGAUACACGUCCGACGAGAUGCUGGAGAGAUGUAGCUAUGGAGAGUCGCUGGGAACAUUAUCUCCUUACUCUCAGGACAUCUAUGAGAACCUGGACCUCCGGCAGAGACGGGCCUCCAGCCCAGGAUACAUUGACUCUCCCACCUACAGUCGGCAGGGCAUGUCACCCACCUUCUCCCGCUCACCUCACCACUACUACCGCUCAGGGCCUGAGAGUGGCCGGAGCUCUCCAUACUAUAGCCAAUUAGAUGUGAGGUCUUCUACUCCAACCUCUUACCAGGCUCCCAAGCACUUUCACAUCCCAGCUGGAGACAGUAACAUCUACCGGAAACCCCCGAUCUACAAACGGCAUGGUGAUUUGUCUACAGCAACCAAGAGUAAAACCAGUGAGGACAUCAGCCAGGCCUCCAAGUACAGUCCAGCCUACUCACCCGACCCCUACUAUGCUGCAGAGUCUGAAUACUGGACCUACCAUGGGUCCCCCAAAGUGCCCAGAGCCAGGAGGUUCUCAUCUGGAGGAGAGGAGGAGGAUUUCGACCGCAGCAUGCAUAAGCUCCAGAGUGGAAUUGGCCGGCUGAUCCUCAAGGAGGAGAUGAAGGCACGGUCAAGCUCCUAUGCAGAUCCCUGGACCCCUCCACGGAGUUCCACCAGUAGCCGGGAGGCCCUGCACACUGCUGGCUAUGAGAUGUCCCUCAAUGGCUCUCCUCGGUCGCACUACCUGGCUGACAGCGACCCCCUUAUCUCCAAAUCUGCCUCGCUACCUGCCUACCGGAGAAACAGGCUGCACAGGACACCCAGCGCAGACCUCUUCCACUACGACAGCAUGAAUGCAGUCAACUGGGGCAUGAGAGAAUACAAGAUCUACCCAUAUGAACUGCUGCUGGUGACCACAAGAGGAAGAAACCAGCUGCCGAAGGAUGUGGACCGGACCCGCUUAGAGCGUCACCUGUCCCAGGAGGAGUUCUACCAAGUGUUCGGCAUGACUAUCUCAGAGUUUGAGCGGCUAGCCCUCUGGAAGAGGAAUGAACUGAAGAAGCAAGCCCGGCUGUUCUAGGCGGAGGCUCUAUACAUAUAGAUGCAUUUAUAUAAAGAUGUAUGUAAAUCUCUAUGCUGACACGCGCGCGUUAUAAUCCUCUUGUGUAACAGGACACGCUGCCUGCCAUGGGACUUGCUUUUCUGUACCGUGAGGCGAGCUCAUAUCAUCGAGGUAUUUUUAUGCUUCUUACUCCUCUUUUCUAAGUGCUGUGGGAUCUGGGAAGGGAUUUGAAGGGACCCCAUCCUUUUACUGGGGAUCCUUUUUAUACUGAAACAUCCAUCCUACUAGUGAGUCCCCAAGGUCCAACUCUCUUUCUUGUAAUCGGUGCCUGGAGGAGCCUCUGCUUUUGGCCUCCCCCCCCUCCCCCGCCCCCCAGGGCUGAUGCUGACUUGCAGUCUUAUGUACUGUGGCCCCAGAGGCGCCCUCCCAUGGUAGAUCCAUGGUACUGCACCCAAAUAAGUGAGCAGUUUUCAGGACUCAAGAAUUUUCUCCACACCCCAACUAGGAGUUCAAUGUUUUAUGGGGUGAUACAGUCAUAUGUGUGGACCCCCAAGUCCACUGCUUAUACAGGAGAAAGAGUGGCCUCUCCCUGGCUCUUCAACACUCCUCCUAUGACCUUAAUAAGACCUCUCCCUGAUGCAAAUCUAAGAUUCUUGGAGGAAAAAGAAAAAGGCACUUCCCUUCUCUCCACCAUCCCCAACUGGCCCCUCUGCCUGGGCCUGGGCUUGAAGAAGCAAAGGCAAGGAGGGAGCUGUGGCCAGAGCCACAGGCCCGCUUGGACCUCUACCCUGUCAGCACUCCUGGCCCUCCUGACCCUGCCCCCUUCCUGGGAGAGGCCAUUUUUGCAGCCUGGACUCUUCAGCCUUAUUACAAUUGAUGUGCCUGACGAUCUACACACCACAGGGCUAACAUUCCCACCAGAUUUCCAGCAAGUAUCCAGACACAUUCACCACCCUGUGCAGGGAAAGUAGACCACACCCCAAAGAAAGAAUCAUGUACCACUUUGCAGAUCCCUGGGUGGCAGUGUACCCCUCCUGGACUCCAGCCAUCCCCAGGUCUCAUCACAGAUGCUUUUGAAAGAGUGACAGUUUGGGGGGUUCCAAAAAUAUCAGCCAACACUGCUCACUGCUCAUCCCCAAUUGCCCCAGGGACUGCCUCUUUUGCUUUCUGGAACAGGGAUGGGAGCUGUUCCUCGUCUCCUCCCAUCUCCAUGUCAGGUGGCAGCUCUUCCCCUGUGGAAAUACCUUGCAGCACACUGUUGUGAGGUCCAGAGGAAGGACGAAGUGACAUGAAAGGGCACUUAGGACACUCAAGAGACUGGUGAUGCAGCAUGAUGAGUGUAGAACUGACUUUAGCACACCCACCCUGAGCACCGGUGAUGUGGAGCACCUGCCAAACACUGAGCACUGAGUGGGGGAGGGGAGGGAGGGGGAGGGGCACUGCGAUGAAGCAGCGUGGGCCCUGGUCCCAGGGACACGCCUAGUAAAAACUGGGCCUGGUGAGGCAGGUACCUAGGCAUAAUGGCCACAGGACAGAAGGUGACAGAAGAAGGCCUGAGAAGUGUGUGUGAUGUUGCCAAAGGCCUAUGCAGCUGGUGCGGACCAAGGAAAGCUUUCUGGAAGAGGAUGCAUUGGAGUAAGUCAGGAAGAUUAUGAGGAAACUGCAAGUUGAAAGGGUGAAGGAUGGAGGGACCAGAGGGAAGCCUAAUGUACCCUCAUUUAAAAUGUCAAGCUUCCCUGCAACUUCUCAUUUGGGCCAAUAUCUUUUGACUUUCCUGACCCAUUAGAAAUGUCCCCAGCCAGAUGCAAUUAUUGAAACUGUCUCAUUAUCACUGGUUAACAACUUGCAAGAUUGAAGAGCUUUUGUUACUGUUGUUGAAUAUUUUUGUUUCCCAUGAAAGUACAUCAUUUCAACCCAAA